CGCAAUACUUACUCACUUUCGACAAAUAGGUCAUGGCGACUUUGAUCCAGAAGUUUUCUGCUCUCGCUUCAAGUGGGCGUAGCAUCUACUGUGCGAGAUGCAUGUCGACAAAGGCAAAAAUUACAACUCAUUAUAGUGUCAUACCCAGAGAAACAGACCCAAGAUGGAAAGAUAUUGAGAUGGAAAGAUACGCAGAUGAAGCCGAUGUUGUGAUAGUUGGUGGGGGUCCAUCUGGUCUCUCAGCCGCAUGUCGUCUCAAACAAUUAGCCAACGAACAGGGCAAGGAAGUCAGAGUUUGCCUGGUAGAAAAGGCUGCAGAAAUAGGAGGACAUAUACUCUCAGGAGCCUGUAUAGAACCAAGAGCCCUCAAUGAGCUGUUUCCUGAUUGGAAAGAAAUGGGGGCUCCACUCAAAACUGAAGUAACUCAGGACAAGUUCAGUAUAUUAACACAAAACAAAGCAAUACCAGUGCCAAUCAGCAUGAUUCCAGCAUUCCCCAUGGCUAACCAUGGCAACUAUAUAGUACGAUUAGGCAAUUUUGUACGCUGGCUUGGGGAGCAGGCUGAAGCUCUAGGAGUGGAAAUAUUUCCAGGAUUUGCUGCCAGUGAGGUACUAUACCAUGAAGAUGGCAGUGUAAAAGGAGUAGCUACCAAUGAUGUUGGUAUACACAAGGAUGGGGCUCCUAAGGACACAUUCGAAAGAGGAAUGGAACUCCACGCAAAAGUAACAAUAUUCUCUGAAGGUUGCCAUGGACAUUUAGCUAAACCUCUUAUUAAGAAAUUUGACCUUCGAGCAGGAAAAGAGCCUCAAACUUACGGUAUAGGGAUGAAGGAAUUAUGGGAAAUUGAUCCGGCGAAACACGAACCAGGGAAAAUUCUACACACAGUUGGCUGGCCAUUUGAUAAGUCAACAUAUGGAGGUACAUUCAUGUAUCAUCUAGAUGAAGGUCCAUUGGUUGUAUGUGGAAUGGUGGUUGGCUUAGAUUACAAGAAUCCCUGGAUUAGUCCAUUCCGUGAGUUCCAACGUUGGAAGCAUCAUCCUGCCAUAGAACCAAUCUUCCAAGGGGGCCAAAGGCUUGGCUAUGGUGCCAGAGCCCUAAACGAAGGAGGGAUGCAGUCUCUACCAAAGCUUACCUUCCCAGGGGGCUGUCUAACAGGAUGUGAUGCAGGAUUCAUGAAUGUACCUAAGAUCAAAGGAACACAUGGUGCAAUGAAGAGUGGUAUGGUGGCUGCUGAAUCUGUCUUUGAGACCUUGAUGAAUGAAGAUCUACAAUCUCCAACAGUAGGACUAGAACCAUCUAUAUUAGAAGAGAAAAUACGAGAUUGUUGGCUGUGGGAUGAACUGCAUUCUGUACGUAAUGUACGUCCAUCAUUCAACACUAGUCUAGGUUUAUAUGGUGGUUUGCUUUAUACUGGCACUAUAUGGUAUGCCCUUAGAGGAAAAGAGCCCUGGACAUUUAGCCAUGGAGGUGCGGAUCACACCAAACUAAAGCCAGCAUCUGAGUUUAAACAAAUUGAAUACCCUAAACCUGAUGGCCAGAUCAGCUUUGACCUCUUGACCUCUGUCGCUCUGACGGGGACCAAUCACGACCAUGACCAACCUGCCCAUUUGACCCUGUUGAAUGACGAUGUCCCCGUGGAACACAACCUUGCACUCUUUGAAGGCCCUGAAGCUAGAUUUUGUCCCGCAGGUGUCUAUGAAUAUGUAGAAAAUGAAGAUGGAAAUGGCAGAAAAUUAGUGAUAAAUGCUCAAAAUUGCAUCCAUUGUAAAACAUGUGAUAUAAAAGAUCCUAGCCAGAAUAUAAACUGGGUUUGCCCACAAGGCGGAGAGGGACCAGCUUAUAAUGGAAUGUAA